AAUAUUCACAAGAUUCUAGUCAAAUAAAAAGUAUAGCUACUUACAAGGAUGAUCGUUAGCUUUUUUACUUUUCUUCUUAUAUUUUCUAGCGUUCCUAAGGGAUUAGCAGAUGACGUCUGCCAACAAAAGCCUGCUGCUGAUGGUUUUGGAAAAAUUAUGUCCUGUGCACAUUAUAAGAAUCGGUUUUCUUAUCACCCUGACAAAAACGAGUGUUUGGAGUUCUCCUUCGGCGGUUGCGGUGGCAACGACAAUAGGUUCGCCACUAAAAAGCUUUGUGAGGAUGAGUGCAAGAAGUAAUGAUUCAUGAAAUGCAAUAAAUGUUUCUUAAAAUAAAUAAACUCGUAACAUAAUACGAUUGCGAAAGCA